AUGGAGAACUCGUCUAGGAGGGAUCGCCUCAUGGGCAAGCUGUUUGGCAAGGACAAGAAGCCAGCAGGGGAUAGCCUCGAAUCUCAGGCCUCUCUCGAUGCCUUCCUCCGCAGCUCCUCCGACAACCUCAACAUCACCCACGUUCCUCCGCCCCCGCCACCGUCCUCCACCGUCAUCCCCAAGCUCUCCAAGCUCGACACGACCGUUGCCAAACUGCCGGCCGCAGCUGUUGGCGUCAAUCAGCAGGCCCAGAGGAACCGUCCUGUCGCUCAGGGCCGACCGGUCGACCAUUCCGUCUCCCAGCGUCGGGGCCCCCGACCCAACAAGAAGGGGCUGUCCGUCCGCUUCACCGAUGCCUACCCCGACGUCAUUGGUGAGGGCGGUGAUGAGACAGACCUGCCCACCGUAGAGAUAUCCAAGAGAAAGAAGGCCAAGCCUCCCUCUCCCGUUGCCCAGAGGGCACCGCCGCCGUUCCCGCAACAGUCUCCCCCGAAGCAGCAGCAGCCAACCCGUCUACCACCGCCGCCAGCCGCCGCUACCGCUCCUCCUCCUGCCAGCAACCCCUUUGCCGAUGUUGGGAAACAAACGUCUGACGAUCCAGACUUCGUGCCCAAGCCCCUCUUGCGAACUGCCACCGGCUUCUCCUCGGUCUACACCCCGGAUUCGGACGAUGACGAUGACGAACAGGAACCCUCCCCCGUCACCCCCGUCAUCACGAACAGCAGCAAUAAUAACUCGCCCUUCCGCCAACGAGCUAGCCUGCAACAGCUGGCAGCCCCGACAACCCCGGAGCACCAGCCUGCCAACACCCUACGACCCGGCAAGGCCUUCGAUGCCAGAUACCUAGAUUCUGGCCGCCACGAUGAAGAUCGGAGAUCCUUCAUAGAGAUCCACCAGGCUGAGAUGCGCGAGGCUGAGGGUCUGGCUCUCGCCAAGGCCGCCAGAGGCGCUGACACGACGGCCUCGGGGAAUUGGGCCGACAGCGAUCGACCUCCCUCAGCCUCCAUCGACAGUUCGCCAGAGCAGCAGAGGCGCCAGCAGAACGUUUCUCCCGUCUCCGAGCUCGGCAGCCCUAUUGUCCAGUACAGUCCCGCCGCUUCCAUCCGCUCUGACGUCUCUAGUGAAUAUAAUGGUAGCCGUGAGGAGACACGGGCGCCCCCAGCCCCGCCCCCGCCGCAGCACCAGCAACUGCACGAGAAUGCGCACCGUGCUGCCCAACAGCAGGCGCAGGCGCAGCAACAACAGCAACGACAGAAACAGCAGCAGCAGCAGCAGCAGCAGCCGUUACCACCGCAUAUGCAUUCGAGGGAGCCCAGCACAGCCUCUCAGAAAGAUACUCCGUCACCGCAGCCAUCCACCUCGUCCGUCCCGGCCUCGGUCCCGGCGCCUGGUCUGGCGUCGCUCAAGCUGCACGACGUUGUCGCUGCCGUCAGUGACGAUGCCUUCAACGCAUUUGUGACGCGCACGUCCCAUCUGUUCGAGCUCUUCCGCCUGCAUUCGGAGGCUUCUGGCCCCCUGUCGAGCCGCACCCCCCGAGACUGCGCCCGUGCAGGCCUGUGGUGGUUCAUCAAGGGCCGGAUGGGUCUGGAAAAGACGAUCCGCGAGCGGCCCUCGUCGCCCCAGUCUCAGAUGCACCACGAGAUUGACCGGCAGCAGGCCUACACGAACUUGGCAAAGGGAUACUGGCUCUGCAAGAAGGUCAUACCUGAGGUCUCGCAGCUCCAGGGCAUCGCGGCUGCCGAUGCCGAGGUGAAUGAGGUGACGCACACGCUGGUGUCAGCCCUGAGCAAGAUGGCCAUGUCGAUGAAGAGGAACGGGAUACUGCCACCUGAAGAGGCCUUUCUACCCCAGACGAUUGACAAGUCGAUAUGGGUCGAGUACCCGGCCUUGAGUCAGGACGUCGUGGCCCUGCUGUCGGGCAACUGGGGCUCGAGCCUUUCGGCCAUGCAGCACCAGCUGUCGACGCUGCACCUGCUGGACGCGUUCCCGCUCGGCGACGCCGCCGACACCUUCAGCCUGGGCCGCUUCGUGGCCGAUGUGUACCUGAUGGAGCAGGGCAGCGAGUCGCACCGGUUACACAUACCGGCCAUCCUGUCGGCGGUACGGCCUAAGAAACACACGGGCCUCGUCUUUGUGCUCGCCAGCCAGAACGGCAGCUUGCAGCUGGCCAUCCAGGAGACGAAGAGCGCAGGUCCAAAGUGGGACGACGUUCGGUGGCGCAGCGACACGUGCUCGAUGGAUGUGCGGCUCCCCAGAGGCUUCAUGCUGGCGGUGCAGCUGACGCAGGCUGACUUUCGGUCGCUCUGGACCAUGUACGACUUUGCGGUCAAGAUCAAGUCGACCUUGUACCCGCGGCAGGAUGAGAUGGUCGUGUUCCGCAACACGCUGCGGUCGUUCCAGUACAUCGAGAGCGAGACGGCACAGUCGCGCGUCUUCCCCAAGGACCCAGUGCCGCACUGCGAGGUCGGGCUCUUCGAAAGGAUCCACAAGGAGAGCCGGCCGACGGGGACGCGUAGCUGGCACCGGGGCUUCCGCAUUGCGGUGACGACGGGGGCCUCCACCAAGACGCUGAGCGGGGUGCACCACACGUACCCGCCGUCGAUGCCGAUACAGUUUGGCUUCUUCCGGACCGAGGGGGACGCCCCGGCGCUGUCGCUCCGGUUCGAGAGCGGACGGCAGCGGGGCCGGAUGGUGCUGACGUUCACCGAGGAGAAGGAGAGGAUCCGCUUCCACUCGCUGCUCACGGGCACGGCACUGGACCACGACGAACGCAUCUUUGCCGAUGUACCGCUGCGCGGCUUCGUCUUUGCCGAGAGUAUCCGGGAGCCGCUGGGCCUGGCGCCGUUCUCGCGCAUGCCGUGGAAGGCGGCGCGCGUGGUCAACGACGAGUUUGGCCCAUCGGGUGAGCAGCCGCCGACGGUGCAGGCUGACCACCUCAAGGUGGUCCUCGAGUACCAGAACGGCACGAUUACGGACCGCGUCAACGUGGGACCCGGGGAGCUCCGGAUGCGUCUCGAGGUGACCAACGCCAAGCUCUUCCGCAUCAUGAGGCAGCCGCAGUCGGACAUGACCAUGUCGGUGUCGGAGGCGCAGGUGCCCAAGGAGCUGCCGCGCAACCUGACCGAGGCGUUGCGGGUGUCGCGGUCCAAGCAGACGAUCCGCUCGCUCGAGUUCACGACGCUGCGCGACCUGCACGCCUUCCAGGCGGCCCUGACGGGCUGGGAGGUGGUCUUUGACGGGCUGGCCCCGGCGCUUGCCAUCACCCGUCGCCACAUGAUUGUCCCGAUCCACAAGAAGUGGGAGGCUGGGUACACGCGUAUCCAGCUCGUCAAGCAGGACGACAUGAUCCAGCUCCUGGCCUUCUUCGAGGAGUUCCAGCACGGCCACUGCCUCAACUUCAUCCUCAAGGGCACGGACGUGUACGAAGGAUUCGCGCGCGGAGGCAAGACGGGCACUGCCCGAGGAUAA